AUGUCAGCCUGUGCAAUACCGAAUACUGCUGCAACAGAAAAUGCUGCACAAAUAGCACAAACAAAAGCUCAAAAAGCUGAAACAAUAGCAGAUGAAACAGCAGAUGAUACUGAUACACCAGUAUUUGUACAACGUGUGUCAUUUGACACGUUUGAUAACCGUGAUGCACGCGACUUCAGCCUGGCACUGCGGAUGACACACCGUGCCUACAGCUACAGCGGGAGAUCUAGGACAUUUCUUUGCGGAAUUGACCAGAAUGAAUACUCAGAAUCGGCUUUAGAUUGGCUUAUUGAGGUGCUUGUUGAAGACGGAGACGAAAUUAUUGCACUACGGGUUGUUGACCCAGGGUCACGGAUGGCAGCAGGGCUAUCAGUACAGCAGAAAAAGUACCGGAAAGACGCAGAGAAAGUACUCGAGCGUAUUUUACGGAAAAAUGAAGAAUCAAAAGCGCAAAAAGCAAUGAAAAGCUGUGAAACACCAAGAAACAGUAGAAAGGCUCUAAAAAGCAACAAAAAAGCCGUAAAUGUGUUGAGAAACAAAAAAAAAAACACAUUGUCUGCAGAAACUAACAAAGUGAUUGUAGAUUUCAGUGAUGAUCCAGAUUUACCAGCCGGAUUCAGUCGUAAUUGGAACUCGAGGGAAGGGGCUGGGAAUCCAGAGUCUAUUGCCAGGAUCAAUAUCCAAGUAAAAAAAUCAGAAAAAUGCAAAAGAAUUAACAAAAACAGAUAUUGCCUGGCAACAUCGCCUGUGCCGGUAAUUGUAGUACGGCCAGACCGAAAACGGGCAGAGGCAAAGUCAAAGCGUCAGGCAAAUCCGUUACGGCAGUCAUACAUGCAGAUCCUAGAGAAAUCGAACAGUACAACCGAUCUGCGAGCACUUGAUGGGGCAAUAGAGACAAAACCUGCUGGAAGCACAAAGGGUUAUCUCGGGAUCUUUGGAACACAAAAAUACAAACGACUCUCUGUCUAG